UGCCAGCUCAUAAUAACACACCUCGCAAUCGCAUAGAACUACGCUUAUACUUACAGCUAAGACUCACUUCCUCCGCGAACUUUAACAAUUUUUCCUCAUUUUUCUCUGUUCAAAUGUAGAAAUUUAAUCCAUUCUAUAAUCAAAAUUUUAAUUUCUCUAAAAUUUUUAAUAUUUUAAAAAAAAAUAAAGUUUGGAGUCGAAUUGACAAACAGUUGUAGGUAGUUUCGGAAAUCCGAUGACAACGAUUUUCAGUCCCGGUCGGAGCCCCGGAAGUUCGAGGCUUCAGUUAGGAACAGCUAGUGGAGUGUCCAGGCUUAGAUCUCCGUCGCUUAAGAAGCCGCCGGAGCCGUUGCGCAGGGCGGUGGCGGAUUGUCUUUCUUCUUCGUCGUCUUCUUCUUUUUCGCCAGCGGCGGGGGCUGGAGGUCUUAGUUCGUAUCACCAUGGAAGUCAGUUGGUUUUAAAUGAAGCUUCGAGGACACUUCGGGACUAUCUGGCAGCACCCUCAACAACUGACCAGUCUUACAUUGUUAUUUUAGAGCAUACAAUUGCAGAGAGAGAACGCAGCCCAGCUGUAGUGGGAAGGUGUGUGGCACUCCUGAAGCGAUACCUCUUAAGGUAUAAGCCCAGUGAGGACACGUUGCUGCAAAUAGAUCGGUUUUGUGUCAGCUUAAUUGCGGAAUGUGACAUAAGUCCAAAUCGAAGGUUGUCACCUUGGUCUCGGUCUUUAAAUCAACAAUCGGGUUCAUCAGCAACAUCAACAUCAUCUGCAAGUGCUUCUCCUUUAUUGCCUGUAUCUAGUUUUGCUUCUAUAGCCCUUGUAAAGUCAUUGAAUUAUGUGAGAUCCUUAGUGGCUCAACAUAUUCCAAAGCGUUCAUUCCAGCCGGCAGGUUUUGCUGGGGCAACCUUGGCAUCGAGGCAGUCACUUCCUUCGUUGACAUCUUUGUUGAGUAGAUCUUUCAAUUCCCAGCGAUGCCCUGUGAAUGUUGGAGAGUCCUCAGAGAAGAAAGAUGCUACAGCUUUAUCUGUUUCAAACUUGUCAAACAUUGAGGACGCUGAUCAAAUAGAGAAUCCUGAAUAUAUUGCACAUGAUGUUUUGAAAUGGCGCUGGCUUAGGGAUCAUCAGUCACCCUUUACUGAAAGUGACCACUCUGCUUAUGUGCAAGACAUGAGUGCACAUAAUUUCUUAGAGGUAGGAGCAGCUGCUUUACUUGUUGGAGAUAUGGAAGCAAAAAUGAAUGGCCAGCCCUGGAAAUAUUUUGGCACUGCUGAUAUGCCUUAUCUUGAUCAACUCUUACAGCCUUCACCAGUCACAACAAUUGCCAAUUCUGCUUCUGCUCGCUCCCAUUUGAGAGCAAUUACAGCAUUGAAACGCAGUAAAGGAGGACCUCAUCAAAUUUGGGAUGAUUCUCCUGCAAGCACAUUCCGCCCACGUGCCCGACCACUUUUCCAAUAUCGCCAUUACAGUGAACAACAACCUUUGCGUUUGAACCCUGCUGAGGUAUGCGAGGUCAUUGCAGCUGUCUGCUCUGAGACAUCUUUAACAAAUGCUAAUACCAUGACGGUAUCUUCUAGACUAAGUAAUAACAGUGCAAAGCCAUCAAUGGAUGUGGCUGUGAGCGUCCUUAUUAAGCUGGUUAUUGACAUGUAUGUCUUGGAUUCUGGAACUGCUGCUCCUCUCACUCUAUCUAUGCUUGAGGAGAUGCUUAGUUCUCCAAGGACAGCGUGUAGGGUGCGUGCUUUUGAUUUAAUUCUAAACCUUGCAGUCCAUGCUCACUUGUUAGAGCCCCUGAUAAUUGAUGAUAAUUCUGUAAUUGAGGAAGAGUAUUCUCAAGAAUUACUUUUAAAUAGUGAAGAUCAGCUUACCACGCAAGGGAGAAGGAAACUAGCUUCUUCCAAGAAGUUGGGAAGCACCUCAGCUAUUGAUAAAUUUGAGUCUUGGAUUUUAAACAUUUUAUAUGAUAUACUUCUUCUUCUUGUUCAGAUUGAUGAGAUGGAAGAAGCUGUCUGGGCUUCUGCCCUAAGCUGUUUACUAUAUUUUGUGUGCGAUAGAGGCAACAUUUGGAGAAAUCGAUUAAAAGGACUUGACAUCAGGGUUGUCAAGUCAAUUUUGGUGAUUAGCCGGAUAAAUUCCUGGGCUGAAGUUGUGCAUUGCAAGCUUGUUUGUAUCCUAACAAACAUGUUAUAUCAAGUACCUGGUGAAUCUACUAAGGCCAUCAUGAGUACAACGAAUUUUCUUGUUGACCAGCUUGACCUGAUUGGAGGAAUUGAUUUUAUCUUCAUUGAGUAUUCAUUGUCAACCUCAAGGGAGGAAAGAAAGCAUCUUUAUUUGGUGCUUUUCGACUAUGUUUUGCAUCAAAUAAAUGAAACAUGCAUAUCAACCGGAGCUUCUGAAUAUAGUGAUGAUGAGAUUCAGCCAAUUGCUGCACUGCUCACUUUGGCUGAUGCACCGGAAGCCUUUUAUAUCUCUGUUAAGCUAGGGGUGGAAGGCAUUGGGGAGCUUUUGAGAAGAUCACUGUCAACUACAUUGGAUAGAUACCCUAACAGCGAGCGGUUACAUACGCUUUUGGAAAAUAUUACGGAGAAAUUAGAUAGAAUAAUUAGUUCAUUUACUCAUUUGGACACAGAGUUCUUUCAGCUGAAACAGAUAACAAAAUCCAACAAGUUGAAGGGCAAUGUUGAGGGUUCAUCUACACGAAAUAGUGUUGCAAUGAAAGCGAAGCUGGCUUGGUCUAUUUUACAUUCUCUUCUUCAUUCGGAUAGAAUCCUUUACCGCCAAAAUGGAUUUAUCUGGUUAGGAGAUCUGCUUAUUGCUGAAAUAAGUGACUUGAGGAAUGGGAGUAUAUGGUCUAAUGUCAGGAGCUUGCAGAAUAAAAUUGCUUAUGCUGGUGUUCAUGAUUCCUCUGAUCCUUCUGAUAUUCCUUUGUCUAUCUGGCUGAUGUGUGGUCUUCUAAAGUCGAAGAACAAUUCUAUCAGGUGGGGCUUCCUAGUUGUUCUAGAGAGGCUUCUCAUGCGAUGCAAGUUUUUGUUAGACGAGAGUGAAAUGCAACAGCCAAGCAACAGUGAUGUUAGCCCUGACAAUAGGGAUACUCGACUGGAGAAAGCAAUUACAGUGAUAGACAUCAUGAGCAGUGCUUUGUCCUUGGUGGCUCAAAUAAAUGAAACAGACCGUAUAAAUAUUUUAAAGAUGUGUGAUAUUCUAUUCUCUCAAUUGUGCUUGAAAGUUCCCAAUUCAAAUUUGAUGCCAUUUGGAGAAGGAAUACAGCGGCCUAAAGUUUUCACUCGCACAGAAGAAAUUAGAAAAAGUAGUAAUAUAGAUUUUGUAUCUCAACAAGAAAGCUGUCCCUGGGAUCAGAUAAUGGAGGAAACUGAUAGCAAAUCAGGCUACAGUGUUAGUAGUCAUUUUGUAUGCGAGACAGCUUCUAUGGCUGCGCUGCUACUCCGAGGACAAGCCAUUGCGCCAAUGCAAUUAGUUGCACGUGUUCCAGCUGCUCUUUUCUAUUGGCCUUUGAUUCAACUUGCGGGUGCCGCAACUGACAACAUUGCACUAGGUGUUGCUGUUGGAAGCAAAGGAAGAGGGAACCUUCCUGGUGCUACUUCUGAUAUUCGGGCUACCCUUCUUUUGCUUCUAGUUGGUAAAUGUACUGCUGAUCCUACAGCUUUUCAGGAAGUUGGUGGGGAAGAAUUUUUCAGGGAACUUUUGGAUGAUACUGAUUCUAGGGUGGCAUAUUACUCUUCGGCUUUUCUAUUGAAGAGAAUGAUGACUGAAAAACCAGAAAAGUACCAACACAUGCUACAAAAGCUUAUCUAUAAAGCUCAACAGAGUAACAAUGAAAAAUUGCUUGAGAAUCCAUAUCUUCAGAUGCGCGGGAUAUUCCAACUAUCAAAUGAACUUUGAACUUAGUUGCAUUUGACGAUUCUUCUCUGCAGAGUUUAAAUAUACAUCCAGCUGGAGGCACUGUAGUAUUCAUUAACAGGACUUUCCUUGUGAAUUUUUAACCCUAGCAAUAUUCGGCCCGACUCUCUGAGUCUGUUCUUGAUGUAUGCUUGAUUAAGUGAGCCUGCACAAGAUAGUUUGGAAUCCUAAAGUAGUUCUAAGAUGCAAAGUUACUGAAUUUAGGCGAAGACUUUGCGAUUCCAAGCCUGACUCCCUUUCUUAGGAAAAAAAAUGAUUAGAAUUGUGAGCUUUGAGACUCUGGAUGAUGGUGUAAAUUCUUAGAAUGCCGCUAUAUAUGCUUCCAGAUCUGCUGUACAAAUGGAGUGAAGGAGAAAAAAUGGGGCGAUUGGAGCUGUCAAUUCAUCUGCCUUACAGUUGUGUUACUGGAUUGUGUAUAUCAAAGGGUUGAACGUAUCUUCAGAUAUUCUUUAUGCUUAACACAAUACAGAAGCAUUUCUGGGCAGCUAAAGGAGACUUUUUUUCUUUGUACAGAAUUAGAUUUUCCAUUGGCCUUAACACAUUUUUUUUUUUUUUGCAUUUUGGGUUUAAUAUCGGCUACUUUUUAAAGGCCAUCCUUGGUAAUAAAAAAAAGAACCAUCCAAGUUUUAACUCAUAGCUGUUCGUUGCUGCGAUGGCGAUAUGAACUACAAAAUAGGACCUUUUUAACAUGCUCGGAUUCCGGUAACAGGGAGUUAUCUCACCUUGGAUGUCUUUGUUUUUAAUGGACAUCUCCAAAGUGUGUUGCAUGACAUGACAUUGUAAAUAUGUGAAUUUGUCUUUUACAUUUUUUUGACUUUGCCUUAUUCUAUUCUUGUAAAAAUGUUUUGCUGAUAAUUUUUGCAUCAUAUUGCAAGUUUUGAUUGUUUGAUUUUUGAACCCAAAAAAAAAAAAAAAGAGAGAGAGAAGAAGAAGAAGAAGAAGAAGAAGAAAAGGCUUUGCAUCUGAGAUUUAUGCUAUUAUCAUGUGUUUUUAUUUUAUUUCCCCCCUUUUUUGUGCAAUAAGGAAACAAGUUUGUUGGUUUCUCAGAAUAAUUUUUUUGCAAGGCUUUUUUCUUUCUCAAAUCUUUGUUAUAUUUCACUUUACAAAAAUGGUUCAAUGAUAUGUUUGUAUUCUCAUUAUUCAUUCAACUUCAUUUUAAUAAAUCUGUAUUUGAUAGGGAUAUGAAA